UAGACACCAAAAGUGCUGGAAUAACUCAGUGGGUCAGAGCAUCUGUGGAGAAGUUAGACACAAAGUGCUGGAAUAACUCAGCAGGUCAGGCAGCAUCUAUGGAGAAGAUAGACACAAAGUGCUGGAAUAACUCAACGGGACAGGCAGCAUCUGUGGUGAGAGGUAAUGGGUGACGUUUUGGGUCGACACCCUUCUUUGGUUUAGUUUAGUUUAGAGAUGCAGCGUGGAAACAACAGGUCUUUCGGCCCACGGAGUGCGAGCCGACCAGCGAUCACCCCGUACACUAGCACUAUCCUACGCACAAUAGGGACAAUUUAGCAAUUUUGCGGAGGCCGAUUAAUCUAUAACACUGACCAUCUUUGAAAUGUUGGAGGGAACCGGAGCACAAAGAGAAAAAACACACGCAGGUCAAGGGGAGACAGUACAAACUCCGCACAGACAGCACCAGUAGUCAGGAUGGAGCCCGGGUCUCUGAUGGUGAGGCAGCAGCUGUACCGCAGUGCCAAUGUGCCGCGCAGGAUUAUAUAACGGUUUCCUCCGCCAUAAACACAUGUAAUAUAUGUUAGUAAUGUCCAGUUUGCCAGCUUGUUGACCCUCUGUGUUCCCCUCCAACAGGGUUUAGGAGCCGUUGCUAUGGACGGAGAGGGUGAACUGAGCGGCCAUUGACCGCGGCCAGCGUGCCGGUGAGCCCCCACCCAUCUGCUCGGUGUGCGGACUGAGCUUCGAGGGGCUGAACUUUGAUGGAUGAUCAUGACGGGGCACAACAAGGAAAAGCGUUAUGAGUGCGACGUGUGUGGCAAGGCGUGCCGGAGACCGAGCGAGCUGGAGAUCCACUUGAGGGUUCACACUGGAGAACGCCCCUUCAACUGCUCGGAGUGCGGCAAGAGCUUCACCUGCGAUAGCACCUUGCUGCGGCACAACCGCGUGCACUCCAGCGAGAGGCCCUUUGCCUGCUCCGACUGCGGCAAGAGCUUCAAGGGGGCGAAUGACUUGAAGAUCCACUGGCGGGUGCACACCAGGGAGCGGCCCUACACGUGCAGCGACUGUGGCAAGGGCUUCUCCCUCUCCAGCAGCCUGCUGGCGCACAAGUGCAUUCACACCAGCGAGCGUUCCUACACCUGUACCCAGUGCGGCAAGGGCUUCACCCACUCCAGCAGCCUGCUAAAGCACCAGCGCACCCACACCGGCGAGCGCCCCUACACCUGCGUCCAGUGCGACAAGGGCUUCACCUAUUCUCACCACCUGCUGCAGCACCAGCGCACCCACACCGGCGAGCGCCCCUACACCUGUGUCCAGUGCGGCAAGGGCUUCACCAGCUCCAGCAACCUGCAUGAGCACGAGCGCACUCACACCGGCGAGCGCCCCUACACCUGUGCCCAGUGCGGCAAGGGCUUCACCAGCUCAACCAAGCUGCUGGAUCACCAACGCACCCACACCGGCGAGCGCCCCUACACCUGUGCCCAGUGCGGCAAGAGCUUCUCCAGCUCCAACAGCCUGCUCAAGCACCAGCGCACCCACACCGACGAGCAUCCCUACACCUGCGCCCAGUGCGGCAAGGGCUUCACCGACUCUAGCAACCUGCUGGUGCACCAGCGCACCCACACCGGCGAGCGGCCCUACACCUGCCCCCAGUGCGGCAAGGGGUUCACCCACUCCUCCAGGCUGCUGUCCCACCAGCGGGUGCACGCCGGCGACAGUCCUGUACCCAGCCCGGUGUGUGGAGAGCGCAUUGCCAUGGCCUCCCACACCUUGUCUCACCAGCACGUGCACACCAGUGGCCAGCACUACGACUGCCCGUACUGUGGUGAGGCGUUUGACAGCUCGCGGGGGUUGCGGCAGCACCGGCGGGCCCACGCCGGCGAGCAGCUGCUCCCACUGUGACAAGAGAGCAUGGGGGCUGCGGGAGCACCAGCGGAUACACACCAGAGAGAGACCCUUUGUGGGCGCUGAGUGUGGCAAGGGUUUCACCCGCAUGUCCAGCCUGUGGCAGCACCGGCGUACCCACAGCGGUGAGCGUCCCUUCCCCUGCCCGUCCUGUGGUAAGGGCUUCACGCUCCUUGACCACCUGCUGGAGCACCGGCGAGUCCACACUGGCCAGCGCCCCUUCACCUGCCCGCUCUGUGGCAAGGCCUUUGCCCGCUCCUCCAGCCUGCUGGCACACCGCCACGUGGGCAGGUAGGCGCUGUUUAGGCAAACAUAAAAUGUGGAAGGAAUGGGUAACGUUUCUGGUCGAGACUCUCCUCAGUCUCGACCUGAAAGGUCACCCAUUCGUUCUCUCCGGUGAUGCUGCCUGUCCCGCUGAGUUACUCCAGCAUUUUGUGUCCUUUUUUGUAAACGAGCAUCUGCAGUUCCUUGUUUUUAAACCAUUCUGGUUAACCAUCUCUGCACCUUCCCCAAAGCCUCCACAUCAGUCCUGUAAUGGAGUGACCAGAACUGCAUGCAAUACUCCAAAUGCUACCUGACCAAUGUCCCUUAAAGCUGCACAUAUACAUUCCUCUCUCCUUAUCUCACAUCCUUUUAUUUCCUUAUUUUCUCUCGCCUCUGUUACCACUCAUCUGCCGAUCACCCCCUCAUCUGUUAACAUAGUGUGAGUCUGAAGAAGGGUCCUGACCCGAAAUCUGAACUAUCCGUG